CCCGCUCCGCCCCCGCCCCAGGGCCGGGCCCGCCCACAGCCGCUCGGGGCCGGCGCCGCUCAGGGCCCGGCCGCUCCGCGCCCUCCGCCGCUAUGAAUUACUCUCGGUUCAUCACUGCUGUGAGUGCCGCAAGAAAAGCAUCUCCGAUAAGACUCCUGACUGAAUUGAUGCAGAAAUCUCCUCCAUCUCUCAUCUCUUUGGCUGGAGGGGCACCAAAUCCUAACCUUUUUCCAUUUAAGAGGGCAACUGUUGACAUUGGACAUGGAACUCCUAUUGAGAUUGGGGAAGAUCUGAUGAAGAGAGCUCUUCAGUACUCAGCCUCAGCAGGGAUUCCAGAGCUGUUGUCUUGGCUAAAAGAUUUCCAGCGGAGCCUGCACGAUCCUCCCACAGCCAAUUACAGUCCUGAGCAAGGGCAAAUGGAAGUGUGUGUCACAACCGGCAGCCAGGAAGGCUUGUGUAAAGUGUUCGAAAUGCUCAUUAAUCCUGGAGACAACAUCCUUUUGGAUGCACCCACAUACUCUGGGACUCUAGCAGCUCUGAGACCCUUGGGUUGUAAUAUAAUUAACGUUCCUAGUGACCAACACGGCAUUAUUCCAAAAGCUUUAAAAGAAAUUCUGUCUACUUGGAGCUCAGAAGAUGUAAAAAAUCACAGCCAUCACCUUCCCAAAUUCCUGUACACUAUUCCAAAUGGGUGCAACCCAACUGGCAACUCUCUGAGCACAGAGCGCAAGAAGGAGAUUUACCAGCUUGCAAGACAAUAUGAUUUCCUCAUAAUAGAAGAUGAUCCUUACUACUUUCUUCAGUUUGAAAAGCCAUGGGCUCCAACUUUCCUCUCAAUGGAUGUGGAUGGCCGAGUUAUCAGGACCGACUCUUUCUCUAAAAUUCUCUCAUCUGGGUUAAGAAUAGGCUUUCUGACAGGUCCCAAGCCUCUUAUCGACAGAGUUGUUCUACACAUUCAGGUUUCAACAAUGCACACCAGCACUUUCACACAGAUUAUGGUAUCACAGCUGCUUCAGCAGUGGGGACAAAAGGGUUUCUUGGAGCAUAUUGACAGAGUGGUGGAUUUCUACAGGACCCAGCGGGAUGCAAUGCUCCUUGCUGCUGACAAGUGGUUGAAAGGCUUGGCUGAAUGGUACCCUCCUGCUGCUGGCAUGUUCUUAUGGAUCAAAAUUAAGGGUAUUUCUGAUACACAGCAGCUGAUAAUGGAAAAAGCUUUGCAGAAAGAAGUAUUACUGGUUCCUGGAGGAGCAUUUAAUAUCAAUAGUUCAGAGCCGAGUUCUUAUGUCAGAGCCUCCUUUUCUCUGUCUUCUCCUACUCAGAUGGAUCUGGCCUUCAAGAGACUGGCUGACCUUAUAAAAGAAUCUUUGUGAAAAUGCUAAAUAGGGCUCUUGCAGCAAUCAGAAUCACCUGCAGAAAAUAUUUAUUAACAUUUGGAUUUCAUCAGAACACUUUAUAAGCAAGCACAAUACAGUAGGUGUUUCCUUAGAUAUUCUCAGCUAAAAAAAAAGACAAAAAAUGGAAGCGAAAAACAAUUUGCCUAAUUUAUUCUGACGUGGCAUUUCAUUACUAAAUGUAUUACAAUUCAAAAAAAUUUAAAAUACUCAAAACCAAAUUGUUCUAUUUCCUGUCAAAUCUAUGGUUUUGUUAGAUUUGAAUAAACUUAUGUUCUGACUUUUGUUUUCCAUAUAGUUUGGGAAACAGAGAAAUCAGUUACUUAGGAAGUUGAACUUCAAGUGGUCUUAGCCACUGUUACUUAAUCUCAACUGAUACAUUCCUCCAACAUCUUCCAUUGGAAUUGAUUUGUGUGUCACUUUCCUUCUUGUCCUACUGUAUGGCAUCUGGUUUUGAGGACUUGAGGAUCAGUAUUUAAUUUUACUAAAGUUUUGACAGAUAAAACUGAUAUAAGAAUGUUAAAAAAAAAGAAAACUGAUCCAAUAAAAUUAGGAUAUGAUUACAUAUAAAAUUGUAUGGCCUGAGGUCCCUUGCAAUUUGCAUGGGCUUUGCAGCUCAUUUUCUAAUUUGUAAAAGGUUUUCUGAUUGCUGGCUUUUACCUCAGUCUGUGAAUAAUAACUCUGUACCUGUGUUGGAAAAUCCCUUGUUUGCAAAGGCAUGUAGAUAGAACAGCUCUUGGUUAAUCGGUCAGAUGUGCUUCUAAACAGAGAGCGUAUGUAACUGAACAGGGGACAUAGAAAUUCCAGCAUACAAUAAACAUGACCCAAAAUCCUGGGACAGGCCAAUGGUAUUUUAUCUCUGUUAAUGCUUGAUUUUUUGGAUGAAACUGCAAGAAAGUACUGUAAGUUCAUUAUUAACCAAACGCAAAGAAAGUUCAAAGGUCUGUGUAAAUCAAGGAACAGAAAUACCUUCAUGUUAAUUUUUUCCAGAACAUUUCACAGUAUAUUCACUUGUUAUAUCAAUUCAAAUCUGAUUUAAAUAUAACUUUGAAGGUAUUCUCCGAAGUCUGUACAGCUAUAGGGAAUCUUCUAGCUGCAGUCAGAUUUGUUAAUGUAUUUCCAGGAUAUUCAUUCACAAAACGAGUCAGCAAGACCCUUAUUCUUCUCCCAUGGUAACGUCUGAGCUUUGCGGGGUUACACAACAGCUUCUAUAAUCACUAUGAGAAAAGUGAGGUACAGCAUGGUAUUCCUGGGAGCAAUGUUAGAACAAUGAAAAUGUAUCUUUCUUUGCAUUUUUCAUUCAGAAUUAUUACAGUUUGAACACUUCAAUUGUUCUGUUCCUGUGUAAGACACAGUCUAGAAUGGGCUGCUCAAAAACUGUUAUUGAAUAAUAAAGAAAACAAGAUGGAUUAGGGCAUGCACCAGUACAGCUCAAUGGGGUUCUUUUACGUAUUUGCCCCAGUGGAUCCCAAUCCAGACUGCAGCAGCAGGACCGAAAGCACUGUGGAUCUGUAGGUUACAAGAUUUUAAAAUACGAGGUUCCAUAAAGCAACAAUUUUUAAAGGCUGAAGCUUAAAAUGGAACUUGCAUUCAUAACUUAGGGGACAAUGCCCCAAAACUAAACCAGCUGUUUUCAACAAUAACUCCACAAAUUCUUAGACACCACCACUGAUGCUCAGGGACUGACAUUGAGUUAGAUGAAAUAAUUCUCUGCAUGCUUACAGUUCAACACAAAAACUGCCUGUUUGUAUACACACGUAAUUUCUCUCUUCCAGUGAAUUCCCCAUAAAAUUCUUUUUUCCCCUCAAUUAUUCAUUAAUCACAGCUGUGCUGAAGGGCUCUUGUUUGAAAGUAAAGGGGGAUAUUUUCCUUCAGAUCAUUAACCUGUGUGAACCUGGAAUUUGUGAAUGUGUUUUAUGCAUAAUAAAUGGAAUUACGUUGAA